UUGGGACCUUUGAAAAAAGAAAGGAUUUUGACUAGUUGCAGUAUUUCUCAAGCAAUUUUUUUUACCUGUUUUUUGUCUGAUAAGGGAAAAAAGGUAAUAUACAGUCACCGUAUAAUGCAAACGAAUGCAAUUACAAAGUAACGAGCGAUUUAGUUUCCUAUUUCUCCAAAGUGUGCUCUAAAAAGGUAGUAUUGCUUCUUUUCGUUUUGAUUUGGAUUUAAGCACCUAGUCAGUUGUAAUGAAAGGCAUUUGUUAAUUCGCCGAAUGGAUCUGAAUUUUAGAAUUACCAGUCAGUCAGAUCCUAAUAAUUUAGAAGGUGUAUUGAUGUCAAAAAAACUUUGCAGUGCUCUAGAAAAAUAUCCAGCAAAAGCGUAAAAUGUCGUGAUUUACAAUGAAAAAGUUUAAUACAAUUGCGAUUCAGAAAAAAAAAUCGCAAGAAAGGGCUUACCGCUAAUCAAUGUAGUUUCGCUACUUAAUUGAAUCAUUAUAAUUCUUAAAAAAAUAAAAGUCUUUUUAACAUUUUUUAGUAAGUAAGAGGUUAAAAAUAAAGUUACAUACAGGAUCGGAAGUAUCCUGGCAGAAGACGUUAUAGUUAUAAAGUCACAAUUUCUACAGACUGACCAGUGUUGCAAAUUUUAAUUUUUGAUCCAAUUGGAUCUGAACAGAAUAGGUAAAUUCAGGAAAAUUGAAUAAGAUUUUCAGAUUUUCGUGGGAAAUAAUAGUUUUUCACAGUCAAAAUAUUGCAAUGCAUGUACAACGCUCACAUUUGUGCAUGACUCUACUUUAGUGUCAUUUUACCGUGAGGAGGGGGAUUCUUCUAUACAUUAAAUUUCCGGGUAAAUCUUUAAAACCUGUGUUUGACGCUGUCCGUACAAUAACACUCUUUAAAGUAUCCACUCUCUGUAGGGAUUUCCUUAUGAAAGGAAUGUUUUCAUGGUUAAUCUUGGUUUGUUGUUCAAAUUUCCGCGGGAUAUGCUGUUUCUCUGUACUAAGUGUAAAUUAUUCCCACGCGGUAAAAUGUGUGUCCACAGUAUAAGCCUUAUAUUCCCUCAGCUUUACAAUUCAAAACUUUUCCUCAGGGCAGUGAAUACUACAUGAAGUUCUCACAGGCUGUGACAUUCAGACACAGAAUAACAUAAACGCGAGUUCAUGUUUUAAAAUUCUUUUAACAACUCACAAAUAAAAGAAUUCUGUAUUCUUUUAUAUCGGCAGGAUGUCACUUCAGAAAAUGGUUCAGAUAGUGUACGGAGCGUUGUGUCACGUGAUAGGGACUCCAGAACAGGUGGCUUCUAGGAGAGAAAUAGUGGACAUGAUGGAGCUAUUUGUAAACCUUAGAAAAUAUUGUAAGCACAAAACGAUGGUUAGUGGAAGCAUAAAAGAAGGGUUUAGAUUAAGCAACUCUGAUGCAGAUUCUAUGUUCUGGCUAGAUAACCACCGAGUAAUCUGGGACUUUUCUCAGUCUGAGUAUUACAACCUACACAGACAGGCACUGAUUCUCUGUGACAGUUCCGAGAGUCCACCAGGAUUUACUUUACUCUGGCUACCAUUAGAUAGAGCCGCCAGUAAUGUGAUGUAUGCAUGUGUAUGUAUAAAUAAAAAGCUUGUUUUAUCGAGUUCUAAAUACAGAGAGAUCACACUUUCUGAUCUAAGACCAAGUUCUAGAAUACACGGACCAUGUAGCAGUGGAAUACUCGGUACAACUGAAUACGAUGACGCUCAUUGCUUUGUCAGUGAUUUUUGGCCUCCUUCUGCCUACUCAUGGAUAGACAGGUGUCACUCAUGGCCCCCACCCUAUGUUGUUAAUGACAUUGUCAGAAAUGGAUGUCACUUUGUAGCAAUAGGACACAAACUAGGAAAACAUGAAGACAACGAAUGGAGAAUUUCUUUCUCAAAGGCAGAAUAUAAACUUAUGUACUCAAUGAAUCAUACGCCAUUCUUAACUUACGGUUUGUUGAAAAUAUUCAUAAAGGAAAUAUUCAACAAAGGAUUAAGAGAUGAAGAUAAACUACUAUGUUCCUACCACUUGAAAACAGCUGUUUUCUGGGCCAUUCAACAAAACAUGCUUCUUCACUGGUGUCCCCAAAAUCUUCUGGUAGAUUUCUGGGCCUGUUUUAAACUUCUCCUGAAAUGGGUGUAUGAAGGGGUGUGUCCAUAUUUUUUCAUUCCACAAAACAACAUGUUCCUGAGCAGUAUACAUGGCAAAGCACAAAGAAAGUUGUUUAUGCGACUCUAUAGAUUUUAUGUGAAGGGGAUAGCUUCCCUGUAUCACAGUUGUUCUAUCGGAUCCUACCUCUUAUUUGAUCUCUGUGUACCCAGACCCUCGGUUAAAGAGCUUAUUUCAUGCCAUAUCUCAAAAUUUACAUCAUAG